AUGACAGUUCGGUUCCCCUUGUCGGCAGGUCUCCGCGGGAGCACACGUGCUACCGCAGCGCACCGUACCGGCAUGGAGCUGCUCUAUUUGCUGAAUGUAACCAAUUCACCGUCCCUAUCGGACUUUCGGCUUCGCUUGCGGAACAGCCUCCAGCCGUCGCCGGGGUCGGAUGGGGUCGAAGAUCUAUCCGGUUCGAAUCGAAUACAGAAAUCGAUCCGCACGCUGGAACCGAGCGAGGCUCCACUGCCCGGGCUCGACGUCACCAUCGACGAGUACGAACCGUACGAGCAACGGCUCGAGACGUACGUCGUCCCGGUGGUGCUCGCCAUCAUCUUCAUCGUCGGCAUUAUUGGCAACGGGACGCUGGUGAUAAUCUUUCUGCGGCACCGAGCCAUGCGGAACAUUCCAAAUACGUACAUCUUCUCGCUGGCAUUGGCAGAUCUGCUGGUGAUUUUGGUGUGUGUGCCCUCGGCCUCGCUCAUUUACAUCCUGGAAUCGUGGCCCUGGGGUGUCAGCGUGUGUCGAAUUACCGAGUGCUUCCGGGAAAUCAGCAUCGGUGUUUCGGUGUUCACUUUGACGGCCCUGGCAGCCGACCGGUACUGUGCGAUAGUCAAUCCACUGCGAAAGCUGCAGACACGCCCGAUAACGGUGAUAGUGGCCGUUCUCAUAUGGUUGCUGGCAAUCGCUUUCGCAAUCCCUUCGGCAGUCAUUUCCGAUGUGGUGGCCGUGGAAAUUCCAAACAAAACCAUCGAAUACUGCUCACCAUUCGGUCAACGGAGCAACUAUUCUGUAGCCUACUCAAAGUACAAAACCGUCAUCAACUCGGCCGUUUACUACUUCCUGCCGCUGUCGAUAAUUGGCAUCCUGUACAUCCUGAUGGCGUACCGGUUGCACACCAGCGCCCGAGACAUGCCCGGCGAAAAUGCUGGCCCGCAGAGUCGCUCACAAGCCCGUGCCCGUCGGCAUGUGGCCCGGAUGGUGAUUACCUUUGUGGUGGUGUUCAUCAUCUGCUUCCUGCCGCACCACGUGUUCCAGCUGUGGUUUCAUCUGAACCCAAAAUCCGAGUACGAGUACGAUGACUUCUGGAACAUUCUGCGAAUAACGGGGUUCUGCUUGAGUUUUCUUAACUCCUGCAUCAACCCGGUGGCCCUGUAUUGCGUUUCCGGCGUCUUCCGGCAGCACUUUCAUCGGUACCUGUGCUGCCGACAGAUGACGGUUCAGCGACGCAUUGGCAUGUCCUCGGCGGGGAACGCCUGCGAGACCAGCUUCGUGUCGACGAUACGACGCUCCCAGCACAAUCACAGCAUCCGCAAGUCGCUGUCGGUUCACUCGGUGCAGAGCACGAAAAGGUGA